UCUAUCCGUCACAUAUAUUAUAAUAGAUCCGUCACGUAAUUUCUGUCACAAGAAAUCCAAAAAAAUGUUUCAAACCGAUAAAAUUGAAAUAUGAAUCGUGAACUAAAAUGGAUUUAGGAGAAGCUAUAACUAUUACUAAAAUAAAUACACCAUCUGGACCGAUUUACUUAAUGAUUGGAUGGCAAACAAAAUCUUUUGAGACUUAUAUUUACCAUGAAGAAAAUGUUUGGAAAGGAAGGUUUUCAUCCAACCGCCUAACGGGUUUCAGUAGAAAUUUACAGUUAACUGAAUCAGAUUAUUUUGCUAAGCUCAAGCAAUGCCUGUCAUCUCAGAAACAAGAUUACAUUUAUGAGUUGAAAAGUGGUUUCUUUUACUGGAAACGAAUUUUAAAAAACUCAAUUAUCAUUGAAGGUUUCUUGCCUGUUGAACUCGAGCUAUCCCCUAGUAUUUCUCGGUCUGAUCUAAUUGAAGUUUUACUUGCAUUAAACAGGCAUUUAAGUGAAAAAUUAAGUACCUAUAAAUUAAAACUCAAAAAUAUUAAAACUGAAUAUUCAAAGUGCUUGAAAGAUACACAAGAGUUUUUACAUUUGAAAAACGGUAUGGAAAAGGCAUUAUGUAAUAAAUUUUUAAACUUACUUAAUAUGAAGAAAAAUGAAAUUAUUUUGGAUGAAUAUAAAAUUCAUAAAAAAUAAAAAUGAAAAAUAGAUUCCAAUGAAUUGAAAACAUCCUCCUUUUUCUUUUGUGAAGUCGGUUAAAAAAGGGACUUCCUUCCGACUCUGUGAUGUUUGCCGAUGCUUUUUUUAUUUAUUUUACGGCCCUGGAUAUCACUUGCCGAUGCUUGCUGUAAUAUUAUCAAAGAGUAAGUACCUAUGUAAUCAUACGUUUUUGACAACC